AUGUCACCUCCCGGAAUAAUCCAAUUUCCCCCUCUCCAAUGCCUCCCCCUUUCCGAUCCCUUGCCCGGUCCUCAGCAUCAACUUCUCUUGGACAGUGCCCUCCCUGUUUUUCUCUCCCUUUCCCCCUGUCCUCCUCUCCCUUUCCCCCUGUCCUCCUCUCCCUUUCCCCCUGUCCUCCUCUCCCUUUCCCCCUGUCCUCCUCUCCCUUUCCCCCUGUCCUCCUCUCCCUUUCCCCCUGUCCUCCUCUCCCUUUCCCCCUGUCCUCCUCUCCAUUUCCCCCUGUCCUCCUCUCCAUUUCCCCCUGACCUCCUCUCCCUUUCCCCCUGUCCUCCUCUCCCUUUCCCCCAGUCCUCCUCUCCAUUUCCCCCUGUCCUUCUCUCCCUUUCCCCCUGUCCUUCCCUCCCACCUUUCCUCUCCCUCUCACAUCCCUUCCCUUUCCUACUGUCCUCUCCCACCAUUCACGCUUCUCUCAGCCAUCCCUUUCCCCCCUCCCCUGCCCCUCGCCUUCCCCCACUACCGUCCCUUCCAUUUCCACUACGUUCUCUCCUGCACCAAUAG